AUGUUUUUUUUCUUACCAUGGAAUUUAUUACGAAUGAGUUUUAAGAAAACAACACGUCAUCAAGAAAAAUUAACAAAAACAACAACUGCAUCUACACAGAUAACAACAUCAAUUUAUUAUUCACCUAUAAUCAAUACAACUCAAAUAAAACAAACAACAGAAAAUAUAACUACAUAUAUGAAAACAAUAACAUUUUACACUUAUUCAUUUGUGAUAAAUACGACUCCCAAAAACAAUAUUCCUAUUCGAAAUAAAAUGUUUAUAUCUCUGUUCAUAUCAUUAAUAUUAAUUUCAUUAUGUAUUGGUAUUAGUUACUGUAUUAUGAUAUAUUUUAAUCAUUAUCUUAAUAUGAAAUCGACUGUUAAACAAAAUAUAUCAACAUUUAAUCGAGCAUCAUUUACUAGUUCAGAAGAUUCUACUUCUGAUACACAAUUAGAUGAUACAUGCAAAACAAAAAGCAAUACAUUAUGUAAAACAAUAGAUAAUAAAAACAAAGAAAGGCGUUCGUCAAUUGAUUCGAUUAAAUUAUUAAGAUAUUAGAUAAUGUCUUAUUUCCUUAUGAGUUUUGUGCAUCAACGAAUUUUUUUAAUCUUUUACAAGAUUUUACUGCUUUUUCUUGUAUUUCAAACUUUUAAUUUUCAGAAAUUAUCUACUCAUAUCUAACUGAUAAUUCUCAACUAAUACACAAUGAUAGAUUUAAACCACGAUAAUCAUUGAACAAUAUACACUUUUGUGUAAUCUAUCGAAAAUCUAUAAUCAAAACAAAAAUCAUGAUUAACAGUUUUCUCAUAUGAUGGUUAUUAAUUCAUUAUCAGUGACUUAAAAAAAGUAUUUUUGCGAUACUAAAUUUGAUUUUUAGUUUCGAGCCA